AUGCUCGCGCUUCGGAUUCCGUUGCGCUUGGCCGCCCGUGCUACUCACUCCUCCAAGGCGCGCAUCGCAACCCCCAUCGUCACCUCGUCCUUGUUCGCUGCUAGGUCAUAUGCCACCACCCCCGAAGGCACAGAGUCUGUCGCGCCCAAGAAACCCACCAAGAAGGCCGCCGUCCCACUAUCUAAGAAGGCUCAGAAGGAAGCUGCCGCCAAGGCUGCCUAUAAGCUCCUGAGCCCGGAAGAGAAGGCAGAAAUCUCAACCAAGGCAAAGGAGGCCAAGCAGAAGGAGAAGAUCAAGCUGCUGAAGGCUCAAGCCCUCUCCCCACCCACUUAUAGAGGCAUCAAUACUUGGAUCAUCUUUGUCAAGGAGAAUACAGCUGCCAGAGCCAACGGCGGUAACGCAGUAUCUGUCAUCAAGCAGCUAUCUGAGGAAUAUAAGGGAAUCAGUUCGAGCCAAAAGGAGCACUACGAACGUCUGGUCACCGAGCACAACGCAAAGUCUCUACGCGAGUAUCAAGAAUGGCUCAACGACCAUACCCCGGCCCAGAUUAACGCGGCCAACGUCGCCCGUCAAAAGUUGCGUCGACAGCUGGCUAAAUCGAGCCACAAGUACUCGCCCAUCAAGGAUCAGCGUCUGGUAAAGAGACCACGCGGUGCAUACUUCACUUUUCACGGUAUACGUCUGGCCUCUGGCGAUUUCAGCGGCCAGAGUAUUGCUCAAAGCGCCAAUGCUAUCGGUAAUGAGUACAAAGCUCUCUCUGCUAGCGAGAAGAAGAAAUACGAAGACAUGGCUGCCAAGGACUUGGAGAGGUACAGAAAAGAGCACCUCGAAGUCUACGGUGUUGAGCCUUCCUCACCAGCCACGGUCGUCAAAGUCUCGCCGGAUGAGCCCGAGACAGAUCUCUCCGCGUAA